AUGGAUGAUAGAACUUGUACAAAGAGAGAUGUAAUUCAUUCAAUUUUCAAUGCAAUUUUGAUGAUUUCAUUAAUUGUCUCUAUUAAAUCACCAUGGUAUGAGAUUUCAAAGUGUAUUACUGAAGGCACAGCCCCUACCGUUUGCGUAUCAACUUGGCAAAACCCAGAAAGAGGCAACCUCGAUCCAAAGAUCACCAACAAAUUUAAAGCUUCUCUAGGAUUAACAAUCUUUGCUCUAUUAUUGGUAUUUGUUAUAUUGGCAAUUCUUUUAGUAAAGGCAAUUUUAAAAAAGUUAAAGAAAGAGGAUAUAUACAAACUGUUGAAAAAGGUUUCAACCUACAUCUUCCUUGCUCUCCACCUUUUAUUGGUUAUUGUAAUAUCUGCUUCUUGCUUUAACUUUACUUCAAUCAACAAAUUAUAUUGUGCCGACGGUGAUGAAGACCCAAAGGAAACCUACAUUUGUGAUAAUUUCCGUGGCAAACAAACUAUCAUUUCAGAUGCCAUUACAGAAUACUAUAGUUGGGGUCCUAGUGCAGGAUUUGUAUUUUCAACCAUUUCAACUGUUUUAUCAACUGGUUUCUUUGGUUAUCUCGUCUUUUCAUGGUGGCGUAACAGAAACAAUGAUGAUAGUAGUAUUUCUUCGUCGUCGUCGUCUCGUUACCCUUCUUCUUCAUCAUCAUCCUCUGGAUAUUCCAAAGUUGGGCAAGAGUCACUCAUUUCUGACCACCAAGACGAAUACGAUGAAUGA